GUCCUGCCGGGGCCGGAGUUGGGGGGAUGUCCUUGGCCUUCCCUGUGGGCCGGAGGCAAAUCCCCUCCCUGUCCUUCUUGCUUCCUGCCCCAGGCCCCGAGCUGAGGACGGAGAGCCCGGAGGACAAAUCCCCCCGUGAGACCCUGGUGGGAGAGGCCGUUUUGAAGGGCUCCCCGGCGCAGGAAGGCAGCGGGGAGGAAAAGGGCCGGAGAUCCCCCCACAGGAGGGGCUCCAAAGCCAACCCAGGGUACUCUGAGGAGGAAAGAGCCAGCCUGUGCCAGGAAGGCGGCCAGAGCUUGAGGGGGAGCUCUGAGCUGGUGGACCCUGAGCAGCCUCCCAGCAGGGAGAAGCCCUUCCUGUGCUUGGAAUGUGGGAAGAGCUUUGGAAAGAGCUCCCAGCUCCUCAUCCACCAGCACAUCCACACUGGGGAGAGGCCCUACACAUGUAGGGAAUGUGGGAAGAGCUUCAGUUACAGCUCCAACCUGAUCCGACACCAGCGCAUCCACACUGGUGAACGGCCUUACAGGUGUGGGGAAUGUGGGAAGAGGUUUCAGACCAGCUCCAGUCUCCUCCUGCACCAGCGGACGCACACGGAUGAGAGGCCCUUUCGCUGCACCGACUGCGGGAAGGGCUUCAAGCGGAACUCCACCCUUGUCACCCACCGGCGCAUCCACACCGGGGAGAGGCCCUACAAGUGUGGGGAGUGUGGGAAGAGCUUCAGUGACAGCUCUGCCUUUACCAGACACCAAAGGACCCACCAGUAAGGGAAGCCCUACCAGUGCCCCGACUGCAGGAAGAGCUUCGGCCGCUGCUUCCACCCCAAAUGAACCCCCUGAUGGUGAGGCGACCCCUGGAGUCCAGUGACUGUCAGUCCAUCCCUUUCCACCACAAAGGGCCAGUCCCCUUUCCCAGGGGCAGCUUCUUCCAACAGAACCCUUCUUGGGGGUUGUGUCGAGAUUCCUGCCUUGGCUGGGGACCCCCCGAGGUCACUGCUGGAGGUUGAGAGCAGAGAUCUCCCCACGAGCGUUGCUCUUGGGGAGUUCCAUCCAUCUCUAAUUAAGAAUUCUUGCUUUUGUGUCAGCUUGAGUAGAAUGGCUUCAACAAUUGCUUUAGUGUAGAGCACUGUCCUAUCUUAUCCUGUACUCCUGGUAGUUUUAGUGUUUCUCUUGUGCAGUAAAUAAUUCUGAUGAAGGUCUUUUGUCUGAUCAUUUGUAACC